AGCUCCUCCCUCCCCAUGCUGCCGCUCGCCCGCCGCCUGGCGCGCUACGGUCCGGGCGCCCGCCGCCUGCUCCACACGGGCCCGCCGGCGGACCCGGGCGUGCUGGCGAGCCGCCUGGCGUCGCGCGCCGUGGUCCGCUUCCGGGGCCCCGAGGCGGCGCGCUUCCUCAACUCGCUCCUCACCAACGACGUCCUCCUCUCCCACGCCUCGUCGUCCCAGCCGCAGAGGUACGCGCCCACGCCCAACCUGCCCGCGCGGGCGCCGCCGCCGCAGUACGCCGCGCUGCUCACGCCGCAGGGCCGGUUCCUCUACGACCUCUUCCUCUACCGCCCCGCCCCGCGCUCCCAGAUGCUCGACCGCACCGGGGCCGCGCCCCAGACCGGGGAGCGGCCCGGCGGGGAGGAUGGGGAGGGUGAUGGCGGGGAGGUGCUCGCGGAUGUGGACGCCGCCGAGGUCGACGAGCUGCUCGCCUGCUUCAAGAGAUAUCGGCUGCGGAGCAAGGUUGAGAUAGAUAAUGUAAGUGAGGAGUUUUUGUGCUGGCAAAGAUUUGGAAACGAUGUGGCACAUGCUGGACCUUCCACUCAAGAACCCGAGGCUCAAUCCAUUGGAUGGGGACAAGGUAGUGACCAUGCUGCUGAGUCAUCUGCACAAGGGAACGGUCAUGGUUGGCAGUGGCUCAAAGAUCCUCGGCUUGACAUUCUUGGCUACAGAGGAAUAUUUCCAGCUGAUACAAUACCACCACUUGUUGAGGCUGACAAAGAAGCAGAUGAACGCCAUUAUUUGCUUUGGCGUAUAGAAAAUGGGGUUGCAGAAGGCUCAACUGAAAUACCAAAAGGUGAAGCAAUUCCGCUCGAGUACAAUCUUGCAGGCCUGAAUGCUAUUUCAUUUGACAAGGGGUGCUAUAUUGGUCAGGAGCUGAUCGCGCGCACACACCACCGUGGUGUCAUCAGGAAGCGCCUGAUACCCUUGAAGUUUGUAGAUGAAAAUGACAAAGAACUUGAGCAGGCUGUUGCUCCGGGCUCAGAUGUCGUGGACGACGCCUCUGGUAAGAAAGUGGGUACGGUAAGCACCGCUCUCGGCAGCCGUGGGAUGGGCCUGUUGCGGCUCGAUGCAGCACUGAAGGAAAACGCAACCCUCGCCAUCAGCGACAAGAGAGAUGUGAGGGUCAAGGCAAUCAAGCCAGACUGGUGGCCGGCUGAGUGGACACAGGUCCUAGAACAGCAGAGCGCAGUCGCUUGAUCCAGGACCUGACCAAAACCUCCAGUGAAGUGAAGUAAUGAAGUUCUUUUUGGAGUUUAGAGGGGCAAACGUGAAGGCUUUAGGCACCAGGUCUUUCAUAGAGGCGCCGUUAGGGGAAGCCGUUCGAGACCGUUUAGCAAAGGUUAUCUGACCGUUUUAUGUGGUGUCAUUUGCUGGACCUAAUUUCUUAUUUACUCUACUCCCUUGUACCAGUGAUAGAUCAAGAAUAAGCUUCUGUGACACUGUACAAAGUAUAAACAAAAAUAAGUACCCCUGUUUAGGGUUUGCCACUUCCCAAA